AUGUAUCGGUUACCUCCCUUGCCAACCAUCAAAGAAAUUAUAAAGCUUUACAAUUUAAGAGCACAAAAACAACUCUCCCAGAACUUUUUGCUGGAUUUGAAACUUACAGAAAAAAUUGUCAGAAAGGCAGGAAAUUUGAAUGGAGCUUAUGUCUGUGAGGUUGGCCCUGGACCUGGUGGCAUUACAAGAGCUAUACUUAAUUCUGGAGUUGAAGAGCUUCUGGUGGUAGAAAAAGAUACCAGAUUUAUCCCUGGACUUAAGAUGUUAAAUGAAGCAUCUCUUGGGAAAAUGAGAAUUGUUCAUGGUGAUAUACUUACAUACAGAAUGGACAGAUCAUUUCCAAAGAAUUUAAAGAAGGAAUGGGAAGAUGAUCCACCAAAGGUACAUAUUAUUGGUAAUCUCCCAUUUAAUGUCUCAACACCUUUGAUUAUCAAGUGGUUUGAAGCAAUUUCAGAGAGAACUGGGCCAUUUUAUUAUGGUAGAACACAAAUGACAUUGACUUUCCAGCAUGAAGUUGCAGAGAGGAUGAAAGCCUCGGUAGGCAGUAAACAGAGGAGUAGACUGUCUAUCAUGUCUCAGUAUCUUUGUGAUGUAAAGCACUGUUUUUCAAUUCCUGGCCGUGCCUUUGUUCCAAAACCUGAGGUAAGGAUAUUUCCGAUUUCAAUACCUUGGUUAUAGUAAAUUAUAUUUAUGAAUUUGCACCUGUUCUUGGUAUAGUAGGAUAAUUGUUUGUAGUAAUCAAAUGUGUUGUAAAUAUGCAAAUAUCGUAUCUUGCACUUAAAGUAGAACUGUAGGUAAAACAUUUUUUCAUAAUUUUGGAUA